AUGGCCAGAGUGGUGAGUGCAGAAGACUUCAGUGGAUUACGCCCCUACUCUCAUGGAAUCAUAUUUACUGCAAGACCACAGUCUACACCAGGCAGAGCAUCAUCAUGCAGAAGCAGGCAAAGCUCAAUUAAAUCAGCCUCAUCUACAUCUGUGCGCUCUGUCCCAGAUUCCACACUGUCCUCCUCAGAAAUUGAGCAGAUUUUACUUAAAAAGACAGCUGAAAAAGAAGGUGAACUUAAAAAAGCAUUUCAGACAAUUGACAUUGAUCACACCCUAACAGUCACAAAAGGCGAAUUCAGAAGAGUGAUUGAAACCUUUCUUUUUCCUCUGACACAAGCACAGUUUGAUUUUGUGCUGGCACAGAUUCCGAUGACUAGCAAAGUUACUGUACCAUAUCUUGACUUCCUGGCAAAGUUCACUAGGGUUGCCAAAAGUGCCAACAUGCAAAGAAGAUGGAAUGAUAGCCAAGGCAGCCAAACCAUGACAUUAAGUCAGCUGGAGUCCCUCUUAAAGGAAAAGGUACCUCAUAACCUGACCAUUUCAAAGAAUUUGAAAAGCAUCAUCAAGACCUGUAGACUUUUUGACUAUAACCGAACAGGACAAAUACAGCGCCAUGAGCUAAGACGGAUUCUUGAGAUCAGUUGUUUCAGGAUGAAGGAUGCAGAGUAUGAAAAACUGUGGAAUCAUUCCUGUGUUGGUAAAGCGAAUACAUUGGAUUAUAAAGAAUUUCUGAAGAACCUUGGUAUAAAUAUGGGUACAUUUUCCUUACCAGCACCGAACUGGGAGGAGACACAGGAUAAGAUGCCAAAACAGAAUAAGCUGUCACUACAGACUUCAACAGCUGAGGGUAGUUUGAUAGAAUGCACACUAGAUGACAUUGAGAUGGCUUUUAGGAAAAAGCUGUACUCAACCUAUCAGGACAUUGAAAAAGCCUUCAGAGCAUUUGAUGUCAGUCAGAGUGGAUUUGUGUCUUUGGAUUACUUAAAGUCAGUCAUAAAUGGCUUUAUAUUUCCAUUACCAAAUGGAACUUUUCAAGAGCUAAUGAAUAGAUUUGGAUUUAAAGCCACAGGUAAAAUUGCCUGGCAUCAAUUUUUAGAGAAAUUUCAGGACCCUGUGACAUAUGAAAAUGGACAGACACUUCCUAUAAGAAAAAACCACAGAGUAAACCCAAUCAGAGGAAUGGAUGAAGCUUUCUCAAGUAACAGUGUCCUUCUAAAGCUGCGCAGACACAUCCAAAAUGCAUAUCCAUCACUGAAGCAGGCAUUUCUCAUGAUUGAUACAAAACAAGAUGGAAAGAUCACAAGAAAUGAGCUUCGUCGUGUUUUGAACUGCAUCUUAUUUCAAAUAAGAGACAAGGACUUCCAAGACCUAAUCAAGAUAAUUGAUCCAGAACACACUGGGUACCUCAGCUACCAUACAUUUUUAGACUUGUUUGAAGAAAAGGAAUCUCUAGUGGAAGACAUUCUUUCGGAUAAAAUCACGGAAAAUUGGAAAGACUUCCACAAGGCUUUGAAGACCUGUGACCCUAAAUGUACAGGCAUUAUUAGCAGAAAUCAGCUAAAAAAAAUUGUACAUAUAUAUUGUCCCUCUUUGUCCAAUGAACAAUUUACAAAACUAUGCCAUAAAUUUCAAGAUAUUUCUCCUGAUGGGAUCCUUUACAGGAUGCUUUUGGAGAGUUUAGGAGUUGCUGUUUUACCGGGUGACUUAACUGGUAUCAGCACACAGAUCUCAAAGGGAAGUCAACAGAGAGAAGAAAAAAGACAAACAGAUCUUUCAGAGAGAAUGAAACAGAUUGAAGAUCAAGCCAAUAAGCAUACCAAGAAUAGAACUGUUGAUGAAGUAAUUGAAAGGCUCAAGGACAGUGUGAUACAACAGGAAGCAACUAUUAAAGACAGCUUUCUUGCCUACAACAAGCAACCAAAUGGAAAAAUUAGUAAAGAUGAUUUCCGGAAGGUGUUGGAAGAUCAUGGGAUGCCAAUGGAUGAUAGCCAGUUUAAUCUACUGACUGAGAAAUUAGGAUUCCCAAAUGGAGGGCUGAGUUAUCUUGAUUUUGUAGCAGUAUUUGAAGAUCCCAGAUUGAAUGGACCAGGAGCUACAUUAUAUUGCAGUCCAAACCACCGAGUAAAUAGCACUAAAUUUCACUACAUGACUGCUGAAGAAUGUCUAAGUCAAUUUAAUGAUAAACUGAUGGAAGGAUAUGGGGACACCUACUCUGCCUUCCGUAAAACAGAUAGUAACCGUGAUGGUAUCAUCAACAUGCUUGAUUUUCGACACCUCCUGGAGAGCUUUGUGUUCAUCCUUACAGAAGAGGAGUACUCACGCCUACUUGGUAUAUUGGGCAUGAACCUGAACUCUACAUUAAAUUACCAGGAAUUCCUUCAACUGUUCCAGAUCCAAGAAACAAAAGAGGCACAUCCUUGGCUGAAUCCAUCUCACAAACCAAAACAGACAAUAACGGAUGCAGAACUAGCUUGUGAUCAGGCUCAUUACUAUCUUGUUAUCAAAGCACAGACCAGAUGGCAUGACCUAGCAAGGACUUUCCGUGAGUUUGAUAGCGAAGGCAAUGGCAUUGUGCAGCCAGAGGAUUUGAGAGCUGUAUUGUUCAGAUUUGCCAUUCCAAUCACCCCAAAAGAAUUUGAAAAGCUUUGGGCAAGGUAUGAUACAGUUGCAAAAGGCUACCUUACUCACCAAGAAUUUCUGCAGAAAUUGGGGUUAGAGUUUGCACCAGCUGACACUGGACUAAGCAGACAUAUUGUGGAAGACAAUUAUGCAAGUUUAAUGGAGCAUUACAGUAAUCAGCAAAAGAAGCAUUUGGAGAUGGAAGAGCAGCAGAAACAGCAAACUAAAGCCCUGCAUGUCAAUGAGAUUAAAAAGCAGAUCAAGGAUAAAUUUAGGGACUACUUCCAAGACUUCAACAAGGCCUUUUAUAGACUGGAUAAAAAUAAAGAUGGCUAUAUAACAGUAGAUGACCUACUCAGGAUGCUGCAAGAAUUCAACUAUUAUCUUGAUGAUGAACAGUUCACCAGUCUUCUAAACAGUUUAGGAAUCAGUAUUCAUGACAGCAAGCUCUCUUAUUUUGAUUUCCUGAGAGCGAUUGAUGAUGGCAGAGCAUCUAAAUACCAGCAGAGACAAAAGCAUGCUGCACCACCUGCAAGCUUUGCAAUGCUCAGCUUAGAAAAGACCCUAAUUAAGAUAAAAGAAAUAGUUACAUCUUCUUAUGAUUUGUUAUACAAGGCAUUUUCUCUGUUUGAUAAAGAAGGCAUUGGGGCAAUUAAAGCACUGGAAUUCCGCCAGGUACUUGACCAUUUCUGCUUUAAACUAUCGGACAGGCAAUUCAGGCACUUACUCAAGAAGCUAAGGAUUUAUGAAAAUCAUACAGUAGACUGGAAAUUUUUCCUGAAAAAUAUUAAUCUCCUCUUAGAGUCUGAGGAAGGGCAGAAAGUCGCUCAGCCUAAAUCUUCUCAGGAACUGUCAAAGAAAGAUAUCCUUACACGUAUACAAGAAGUAGUGACUGCUCGCUUUAACACCAUUGCACAAGAAUUUAAAGAUAUCGAUUGUGAGAAAGUUAAUACAGUAUCAAAAGAGGACUUCCGGGGUAUUUGCAACCGUCACUUUCUGCUUCUGACAGAUGAACAAUUUGAAAACCUCUGGAAUACAGUGCCUGUUGAUGCCGAUGGAAAACUGAAGUACUGUGAUUUUUUGAAGAAGUUCAACUCCGAAGUAGUGACAAUGCCAUCAGAUUCUCCAUCCACAAACAAUGCUCCAUGUUCCUCCAAGCCCACUACCCCUGCUGAGCCUGGGUCACGGUUACCUUCUCAACCUUCACGUCCCAAGACAGCAUCUUCUCCAUUAGGUCAAGUAAAAACUCCAAUGUCCAGCCGGCCUCGUACUGCAAUGGCAUGGUCCCCACCUUUACUGAACUGCGAACCAAUAGAAAAUAAAAUAAGAAAGAUCAUUCAACAUUCCUGGAGAGAAAUACUGAAAGACUGUAGAGAGAAGGAUGUUGACCGACUAGGAGAAAUCUCAACAUCUGAUUUCUUAGCCAUAGCAGAGAAGUUCAGUUUGGAUUUAAGUAAAGAAGAGAUUAGCCAAAUAGUAACAAAAUACGACAUUAAGAACAAUGACAAAUUUGCAUACUGUGACUUUCUCCAAAGCUGUGUCCUAUUAAUGAAACCACAAGAAAGUUCAUUGCUACAAAGGAUGAUCAUUCAGAAGCCACGAAUACCGAGGAGUCCUGGACCACAGAGCCUGACAUUUUUCAAUGCAAUGCUAAGAAUUCAACCCCAGAUCUUGCACUGCUGGAGACCAAUGAGACGAACGUUUAAAUCCUAUGAUGAAAGUGGGAGCGGGCUGUUAAGUGUUCAGGAUUUCAGGCAGGUGCUGCGUCAGUAUCACAUCAACCUGACUGAGGAAGAGUUUUUUCACAUUUUGGAAUUUUAUGAUAAAUCAUUAUCUUCAAAAAUUUCCUAUAAUGAUUUCCUCCGGGCAUUCUUGCAAUAG